AUGCGCGCCCUCAAUUUUCCAUCUGUCCCAUCUGACCUAUUCUACUGCUUCCCCGCUUUCCUUCACUUCCUCCACGCGCACAUACCGUACUUUCUCUCCUCUUUCAUGCUUCCUCCGGCUCGCCCAUACUUCCUCCGCCCUCGCCGGCUGCGCGAUCUUCGCGAUCUGGGUCUAGAGGCACGAUCCCGCUUCGAUCCGCUGAUAGAAUGCGUGGCUCUGCAUACCGUGUCCUGGAAGAGGGAUUCCAUUCUGACACAACAAUAG